GUGAUUGCCGCACAGUGAAGCCAAAGCUGCCUGUUGCCCGUCGAUGUACUCGGCACUGCCCUCUGGAGGGAGCCUGGGUGGUUGGUGCAGGCGGCUCUUGUCGGACAUUCCCUAGGUGAGCUAUCUGUUUAGCUAGAUGUCGUGACUUUCAUUUUGUGAAACACGUUUUUCUUGGCGAGUUCUAUGAUAGCCAUGUUUUGUGGACGGAUGGAGAAGGGGUAGCAUGGGGAGGGCAUUGCUCGUGGUCACUGUGUAGCUCUCUGCAGUAAUGGCACCCAGUGGGGUCGUAAUAAGACCACAGAUAACCUGUUAAAAGCCAUUUCAUGCUCAAGGUCUCUUAACAUAUUUUGUAUUAUUUUUUUCCCCACCAAUGCCAUGUGCAGCAUUUUAAAGUUUAAUCAGCAGCAUUAAUUUUGUGUGGUUGCAAAAAAAAAAUGAGCAUAACAGUUGUACAUUCAUGUGUAUUGUAGCUAAAUUGUACACACAUACUAUCCAUGUGUCCCUAUUUAGGACCAAAAUCCAUAUGCCCCUCUUUUCUAGGAGUUUUUGUUGUAAAUUAUAUCUUCGUUGCAAUAAUUUCUCAAAACAGUCACAAUCCCAACCCUAAAAUGAAACUGUCCCUGUUUGUCCAUUUGAAAUAUAGGUGAUAGUUACAUUUGCCUCAUGGCAAAAGGACACAACACUGAGAAGCCUAUUAUAUGAACUGAACAGAAACUUAUAAAUGACAGUUAAAGUACUAUUCUUGAUACUCUCAUAUCAGUAGGAACCAGUCCUCCAUAUCAGUGGGACAUAAGCAUUGGUCCUAAUAGAACAAUCAUGGCUCAAACAGUAAAGAAACAAAACCGGAACCAUUGGCAAUAGGGUGACUUGGACACAGGAAAAACAAAUGUCUACACAUUUUGUGUUUAAACUUUAUCAAGAGAAAUUCUAUCAAUUGCAAGCUCUCAUCUUUAAAUGAAUUUUAAAAAAGUUUGUCUUAUUUGUAUAAUUGCAACUUUCAUGGGCAUGGCGUUGCCACUUAUAAUUGCAUACAAAUGAUAACCACAUGGUUCUAAUUUUGGGGAGUGUAUAUUUUAGGUAUUUUACCCUCCAUUCAAAUAAGAGAGUUUGCACUUGAUAGGAUUUGACUUGAUAAAGUUUAAAAAUGAAAUGUGUAGACAUUUUGUAUGUCCUGUGCCUAUUUCUGUAACUCAGUAGUACACUAUUGUUGGAAGAUGCUAUUUUAAGUCUCUAUAGGGUGAAUACAUUGUGGAUUUUAUUUUAGGAACUCUUCAGGCUCCAUAAUCACUGAAUCAUGAUUAACAGCUCUCCUAGGGUCUCUCGCAACCCGCUUCCCUGUGCCUACUCAAUAGUUGUACAUUCUACACUGAGCUUAGCCCAAAGGUUCGGGGCUUCAUUUGUUAACUGAAAGCCCUCAACCUAUGAGCUAGAGUAGGGACUAGCUCAUUGGAACUAAUGGAAUCUCAUUGCAAUAGCAUCCAGUUACAAAGGAGGCAAUUGCAGGCUAGUCAAACCAUUCUAAUGCUGUUUGAGUUCUAACUCAUUUUAAACUCAUUACAUUUUGAUAAGAUCUAUUUUUUUGGUUUGAUAGAUUAUAUAACUGAUACUAAAGGGGUUAAGAUAUUGUGGUACAUAACUUUUAUACUACUGAUACUUGCUCAAGUUCUUUUCUCAGUGCAAACGUUUGUAUAAACACAGCAUUGAUGCUUGUAUGAUAAAAUUCCCCCAUUUAAUUAACAUUGAACCUAUACCUCUCCUAACUACCUACACUGUAAUGUAUUUUUUUUUGUUUCUUUCUCAGGUUUUAAAAUGGCGAUAUGCCGAUGUGUUACAAACAGGGCUGUCUGGUUCAAAAGCUUUACAGUACAUUUGUGCUAUAAGCCGAUUCAUGCUCAUUAUAUACAUACAAGGGUUUGUGGAAGCCUUUCUCUCAAAAGCUAUAAUUUAGGUUUGAAUCGGCACAAACCAUUUACAUCUGCUAUAAAGUCUCAUGCUUCUUCCAGAAGUUCCUUCUUCGGACACAGUUUGUCAUGGCUUCAACAGAGCAGGAGUAUAGUGUUGUCAGCCCCACUAUCAUCUACCUCCCCUGGGAAUCCAAAUAGUGGACAUGGUCUAUAUGAAGUCUUGGCAGAUUCUGCCCCUGUUCACCUAGCAGAAAAUGUUUUGGUUACCCUCCAGGAAGCUACAGGACUGCCAUGGUGGGCAAAUAUUAUCUGUGCUACUAUAGCACUCAGAACAGUAGUCACUCUCCCAUUGUCUGUAUACCAGAUGCACAUAUUGGCCAAGGUGGGUAUUCAACAUGAUUGGAGUAAAUUCAAUGUUUAAUUGACUUGGAUAUAUGAUAUGUAUUUGCCAAAUAUGUUAAAGGAAUAUUGCAAGCACUACAGCACACUGUAGUGGUUAUGGCGCCAGGCAUGCUUUAUUGCCCAAUCAAUGAAAGUAUUCAAAACAAUUUAGAACUGUUUGACUACUUACCUUUGGUCCCCUAGCACAGUUACUUGCCUCCACUACCUCAGCCAGAGAGCCAGAAGUUUUCUCUCUGAGCUAAUCCGUGCAGUGCAGGUCUUUGCUCAUUGUCUGAGAGCGAUCAGCUAACACUCUGAGCUAAGCAAGACCUCUCUGGCUGUGGCAAUGGAGGCAGGCAGCCAUACCAGUUGGACUUCAGGUGAAAAGUCCAACUGUUCCAUAAAAAAAAAAAAAAAAUGAUGCAUUCAAUGAUCUAUUAAAGCAGAACUGUGAUGCCGAACUUACCUUUCACCAAUCGCGUCCUCUUCCUCUCUCAUGAUCUAUGCUUCAUUUCUUCCUAACUGAUCUAUUUUUCUUUAAAACAUAAGACAAAGUAGGGACUACUUUGUCUUAUGUAUUUUUCCUACGCUUGACCAGCUUUAACCUAGAGGAGGGGCUGAGCCCACUUCAUUUCCUCUAGUAAAAUAAAUGUUUCCACAAUACACCUAUCUCCUCCAUUUUCUUGUGUUGUUGUCGUUGUCAUCAUUUUUAUAGCACCAACAGAUUCCGUAGCGCUUUACAAUAUUUUGAGAGGGGGAUGUAACAAUAAAUAGGACAAUUACAAGAAAACUUACAGGAACAAUAGGUUGAAGAGGACCCUGCUCAAAGAGCUUACAGUCUAUAGGAGGUGGGGUAUUAGAAACAUUAGGACAAGAAAUAUCAAGUAGGAGUGAAGCAGAGCUGGAGGAGAGAGCAAAGCACUGUCCCAUAGGAGAGAGCAGGAGACAGGUAUGUAAGGUAGAGAUUAUUCUGGGAGGCCAUAAGCUUUCCUGAAGAGAUGGGUUUUAAGGCCCUUCUUAAAUGAUUGAAGACUAGGGGAGAGUCUGAUGGCAGUAGGCCAGCUAUUCCAUAGGAGAGGAGCCACCCGCGAGAGGUCCUGCAAGCGCGAGUUGGCCGUACGGGUGCGAGCAGCGGUCAGGAGGUGGUCACGGGCAGAGCGGAGGGUACGAGGAUGGGCAUAUCUAUGGAUUAGUGAAGAGAUAUAAGUGGGGCUAGAAUUGUUCAGUGCUUUAAAUGUGUGGGUUAGCACUUUGAGUUGACUCCUAUAGUGUUGCUUCAUUCGCUGUUCGAACGCUGGCGAAACUACAGAAUUUCGUCCUUACAAAAUGAGAACACUUUGUCCAUUCGUGUUAGGACGCAAUUCAGUACUUUUUGUUCAGUCUGAAAUUUCAUUCGAAUUAAUGUAAUUUUGAUCUUAUUCGUGCUGCGGCUGCAUCUUGCAGCUGCUUAGUAAAUAGCUCCCUAAUUCAUACGAUAUUCGUUGUAGGGAUUGACCAAUAUUGAUUUUUUAUUUUUUUUUUAUUUUUUAUUUUUUUUUGAGCCGAUACCGAUAAUCUGUGAAGUUUCAGGCUGAUAACUUACCGAUAUUUUGUACAUUUACCAUUUUGAAAAAACAAACUAUUUCUAUACAAAUCUACUGUUAACUGAACAUGUUUAAAUUAUUAUUUUUUUUUUUUUUUUAGUUCUACAUGACACUUUAACUGUGAAUGUCAUAAUACUGUUUGCUUUUACUGCAAUAAAAUACACAUUUGUAUUCAGCAAAGUCUCACGUGUAAAAUAGUACCCCCUAUGUACAGGUUUUAUGGUGUUUUGGGAAGUUACAGGGUCAAAUAUAGCAUGUUACAUUUGAAAUUGAAAUUUGCCAGAUUGGUUACGAUGCCUUUGGGACUUUAUAGUAGCCCAGGAAUGAAAUUUACACCCAUAAUGGCAUACCAUUUGCAAUAGUAGACAACCCAAGGUGUUGCAAAUGGGGUAUGUCCAGUCUUUUUUAGUAGCCAUUUGGUCACAAACGCUCUAAUAAAAUGCCUAUUAGUGGGGCACCAAUAAAAAUAAUUAACAGGGGUAACAUAGUGUCCCCCCCGAGACCCCAGUCGUUCAUCGCGAGUGGUGGUCACUAAACGGGGGACCUAGUGUCCCUCCCACACCCCUAUGAGCGGCGGUUAAGGGCCCUAAGAUACAAUAUGUUGGGGCACCUACCAUACAGUUGUGCUCAAAAGUUUGCAUACCCUUGGAGAAUUGGUAAUGUAUGUACCAUUUUUAAAGAAAGCAUGAGUAAGCAGGCAAAAUACAUUUCUUUUAAUUCUUAUGGAAUUCAUAUUCAACUGUAGGUUAUAACAAAAUGUACGGUCAUAAAAUAAAACAUGGCAAAAAUGAAAAAAUUGACCCCUGUUCAAAAGUCUGCAUACCUUUAGUUCUUAAUACUGUGUAUUGCCCCCUUUAGCAUCAAUGGCAGUGUGCAGUCUUUUUUAAUAGUUGUCUAUGAGGCCCCUAAUUCUUGCAGGUGGUAUAGCUGCCCAUUCAUCUUGUUAAAAUGCCUUCAGGUCAUGCAAAGUCUUUGGUUGUCCUGCAUGAACCACACGUAUGAGAUCUCCAGAGUGGAUCGAUGAUAUUAAAGUCAGGAGACUGUAAUGGCCACUCCAGAACCUUCACCUUUUUCCCGCUGUAACCACAGAAUUCUGCUUAGGGUCAUUGUCAUGCUGCAAAGUCCCAAGAGCAUCGAUUGCAUAGCCUUUGUGCAGAAGGAUGUGAAUUGCCUGCCAGUGUUUUCUGAUAACAUGCUGAAUUAAUUUUGCCAUCAAUUUUGAUUCCCCAUGCCUUUAGAGCUCAACCCCCUCCCCCAAACAUAACCCACCACUAUGUUUCACAGUGGGUUUGGUAUUCUUUUCACAAUAGGCCUUGAUGACCCCUCUCCAAGCAUAACACUUAUGGUUGUGACCAUAAACUCCAUUUUGGUCUCAUCACCCCAAAUUAGUGUGCCCGAAGCUGUGAGGCAUGUCAAGGUGUUGUUGGGCAUAUUGUAACCGGGCUUUUUUGUGGCAUUGGCACAGUACAGGCUUCUUUCUGGCAACUACACCAUGCUGUUCCUGUUUGUUCAAGUAUUGUUCUACUGUGCUUCUUGGAAAAAGCACACCAUAUUUUUCCUGAGCAGCCUGUAUUUCUCCUGAGGUUACCUGUGGGUUUUUCUUUGUAUCCUGAACAAUUCUUCUGGCAGUUGUGGUUGAAAUAUUUCUUAGUCUACCUGACCUUGGCUUGAUAUCAAGACAUCCCCGAAUUUUCCUCUUCUUAAUAAGUGAUUGAACAGUACUGAUUGUAUUUUCAAGGCUUUAGAUAUCUUUUUAUAUCCUUUUCCAUCUCUAUGAAGUUCCAUUACCUUGUUACGUAGUUCUUUUCUGCUCCCGAUGGCCUGGUAUCUAGCUUGCUCAGGUCAUCCACGUGAGAGCUAACAAACUCAUUGACUAUUUAUACACUAAUUGCAAUUUUAAAAGCCACAGGUGUGGAAAAUUAACCUUUAGUUGCCACUUUAACCUGUGUGUGUUACCUUGUGUGUCUGUAACAAGGCAAAACAUUCAAGGGUAUGUAAACUUUUGAUCAGGGCCAUUUGGGUGAUUUCUGUUCUCAUUAUGGUUUAAAAAGGAGCCAAACAACUAUGUGAUAAUAAAUGGCUUCAUAUGAUCACUAUCCUUCAAUAAAAUAAUUUUUUUAAUUUUUUUUUUUUCUUGCAUGAUCACUUGUAUUUUCAAAAUCAAUGUCAAAAUUUCUGUCAGGGUAUGUAAACUUUUGAGCACAACUGUAUUAUAACUAACUCUUGGGUGAUUCAUCAUGGGUAAUUUCAGGAAGGAAUAUCAAAUUAUCCAGAGGAAAUGGAAAACGGCAAAUGGCACUCAUUUAAAAGAUGUAAUCUUCUGUACCUAGUCAAACAAAUCUCCAUAAGUUAAGAAUUCAUUGUACGUAAUAAUACUGAAAUUGAUUAAUUAAUAAAAAGGUAUUGACUCCUCACCCUACUCUGAAUUUUGGCCAACCCUGUAUAAGUUUACAUUGAUUCUGAACUAGCAAAGAUCUCCUCCACCGUGCCAGUGUUGCUUUCUGUGGUGGGGGAAGCACAUGAGACUCUAGUCUGAAUGUCUGCCAGGUGCAGACUGAAAAUAUUUCUCCAGUGAGCCUGGCCAUUCAGAGCAUUGCAUCAGAUUACCAUGUCAAUGCUCUGAUAAUAAACAGUGCCAUGAUUUGGUAAGAGGUAGAGUCCAUUGCCACUGGACCAUCUGGGAUCGAUAUGUCACCCUCCCUGGCCAAAGAUAAGAGGCAGAGAGUGGGGUAAUAAGAUGUAACAAAGCAUUUUUAAUUAUUUAUUAAAAAAUAUAUAAAGUUGCUCCCUUAUUCCACCCAACAAAUUUGCACACACACAUUAUCUAUCCCUCUCCCUCAUUUCAUAAAGUUAAAAGGUGGAAUCAACGUUUCAGUCCUUUUUCAGGACUUUCAUCAGGAUCAAUACAUUACAAACCAUUAAAUUUUUUUUAUAUACAUACACAUACACAUACAAGACGGGGUUGGCUGCACUCACCUUAACAUGCAUAAAUGGGGGUGCUGCUGGGGGCCAAAUAAUACAAUACACAAGAUCCAGCGCACUCACCUAUCCACUAAACAGCAACUUCAAUGUUAAAAGAUUUUAUUUGUUUUUUUAAAAACACCUAAUCUAGGCAAAAAUAAUGGGGUUUAGUUACAUUAUGUGAUCAUACAUUGCAUAAGCCUGCCACAACAUCAAUGUACCCCAUCUUUGGCAGGUCCUACACUAACAGCCUAAUGUCUGCUCUUAUGAGAUUAACCUACUUGGGGAAAAAAAUUCCAUCUGGGGCUCUCUGCAGUACAAGGCUAAAUAGGGCCCUGGGAUUGGUGGGGUCUGGGUGUAUUGUUUUAUGCAUACAUUAACACACACAAUGCCUGAUUUCAAACCAAACUAAUGCAAUUUAAUCCUUCUGCAAAAUCAUAAGUUGGAUAUUUGGUUGUAAGUUUGUUUUAUGCUGUGGUGUGCAGUUUUUAGUAAUGCAUAGUGAUACUCUAAAAACACAUUUUAUAGUGGUUAAAACUCAAUAGGCCACUUCUUGUUUAGUUUAUGGAUUUUAGUCUUCAGCCUGGGUUUAUAUGUUUGCAUUGGGAGGUAAAAAAAAGAUAGCUGUUCUGUUGUUAAUCAAUUUAAAACUUUUACCGUUUCUCUCCAGCUAGGUGGAAAAGUUGCAGCCUGAGAUAGAACAGUUAACGAGACGUUUACGUUAUGAGGUUUCAGUUUACGGCAAACAACAUGGUUGGAAUGAUAAAGUUGCUAAGUAAGUUACUUUUUUAUAUAUAUUAUAUAUGAAAAAUGAGCUGAACAUUCAUAUGUUAAAGGUGUGCCGCUGGGGCCAAUUUAUACAACAAACCUGAUUCCGUGCACAAAUCCAUUCACUAAACAGCACUUUCAAAGUUUACAGAAAAUAAUCGUUUUGUUUUAUUUUUUUUAAAGUGACAGAAUGUACUUUUAAAAAUGUUUAAUUUUAACCCCUUAAGGACGGCUGGUGUUCUAUGCCAUCCUUAAGGGGGCGACCCUGAGUGUCCCUGCUGUCCUGGGGACUCACCCAGCCCCCACCAAUCCCACGCCGGUGGUUGCGAUCCUGGGGACUGCCUGAGAGCCAAGCCAGUCCUCCACUGGGGGAAAUACUAAUGUGAGUGUGGCCAUUGCCACGCAUGUGCAUUAGAUCUUCCCCACCAGCUGACGGUGAGGGUUGAGUGGAGGCGGUGCCAGAACCAGCGCUGAGGCAAAGUUAAGUGACACGCCAUAUAAAAUACUCUGGAGUGUCUGCUUUCUCAAAUGGAAGCCUUUUGUGAUGUUAUUUGAACCGUUAAACUGCUAUAAGGCCACAAAAUGAGACAUAGGCCCAUCAAAUACAUUUAUAAAAAUUCAAACACAGAAACUGAAAUAGCCUGGUUUCUUAUAUGGCAUUGUAGCUUUACAGAAUAGUGGCAAAGGCAUACAAAGGGGAUAUUGUUGUACUCAGCAGACGUAGCUGAACACAAUAUGGGGUUCUAUACAGGAAUUGCUCACACCAGUUUUACGAAAUACACUCUACAAAAACCUUGUUAUAUGUGUAUUUGCCAAAAUAGAGAAACACAAUUUUACUCCAAUAUUUAGCAGAGAAUGUAAAAAGUGUCAAAAUAACCUUAGGUAAAUAGCCUGCGAUGUCUACUUUAUAUAAAUAUAUACUUUUGUGUGACAAUCUUCUUUUUUUUUUUUUUGUGGUGGCUACUAAAAUUGCAAGACAAACAUACCAACUUCUAAAAUUGUGUCACAUUGAAAUUUUAUUUCAGUCCUUGUAUCUUGUGACCUGUAACUUUCAAAAUAAGCUGAAAUCCUAUGCAUAUUAUGUACUCUAGAAUUCCAGAGACACACACACAUGAUUUGAUUUUGAAUUAAUUUUCCUUAGCUUGACAUAUUAUGACCAUGUUAUUAUUGCAUAAACUGUGGAAAAAUUGUAUUUUUUUUUUUUUUUUUCAUUCCCACCCCCCACCCGCCAUUUUUUAUAAAUAGUGUAUAUGUGACAUUGAAUUAAAGCCCUUUUUGUCCUCUAAAAAACGGUGUAUAAUAUGUUUGCGCAAUAAAAAGAGAGAUGCAAAUUGCGGUUGAGCACAAACCACAAAAAAAUUAAAAAAUUGCUUGUGUCCUUACGGGGUUAAAGAAAGCUUUUGAAGCUGUGUCCUUAAUGGGUUAAAUAAUGUUAACAUCAAUAAUGUUAAUUAAAAUUAUUUUUUCAACAGAUUUCAUUUUACCAAAAACUUAAGAAGAAUUAUCUCAGAUCUGUAUGUUAGAGAUAAUUGUCAUCCUUUCAAGGCCAGUCUGAUAAUAUGGAUCCAGAUCCCUAUGUGGUUAUUUGUAUCUCUUGCUCUGAGAAAGAUCAGCUUUUGUACAUCAGCUUCAAGUGGAGGUAGGUCAGCACUGAAAUUGCAAAGUACAAUUGUUGCAAAACCCCAAGACAUUUUACAUAGUUAAAAGUGGUUAAAGUAGCAGCAUGCCAUCUAUAUUCACUAAUAGCGGCACUGUCGUGCCAAACGAACCUUUCCCCAAUCUCUUCCUCUUCUCUUCAUCUCUCAGGAUCUGUUCUUCUUUUCUUCCUAUCUGAUCUAGUAUUCUUUAAAACAUAAGAUAAAGUAGUUGUCUUAUGUAUUUUUCCUAUGCUUGACCAUCUUUGACCCAAGGAAGAGCUUAAGUGAGCUCCAUUUCUAGUGGUCAAAGAAAUUUUCCCACAAUACUCCACUCUUCUCCUUGAUUUAGCAUUGCUUCAUUCACCGUUUGAACGUCCUGUCAUUUAGACAGGACGCUGGCGAAACUACCGAAUUUCAUACUAACAGAAUGAGUACAGUUUGCCAGUGUGUGUUAGGACGACAUUCGGUACUUAUUGCUAGGUUCAGUAUUUCAUUUGAAUGAAUGCCAUUCCGAUCCAGUCAGUGCCGAGGCUGCAUCUUGCAGCUGCUUAGUGAUGGCUCCCUAAUUCCCACGGUAUUAGGGAGCCGUCUACUAAAAGGCUUAAAGAGCAAAAUUGGUCUUUCAGCUUACUUUACUAAGUAAAGAUUACUUGGUAUUGGUAAUUAAAAGAGAUUAAAAUCCCCCUUCUGCAGGGGCCCUUCUGCGCUCUUAUUGGUUGGCUUAAGCCAAAUAAGACCUCUAAUGUUAAGUAAUUUUUUUUUUUUUUUACAUGUAUUUUGUUGUAUUUCUUUUCCCCCUUGCUAUUUUUAGGGUGAGGGGGGAAUAUGUAGGGUUUUAUUUUAGUUGGUGGAAGGGGGGGGAGGAGGGAGGAGAGUUAAGUCAUAUGUAGGGGUAUUUUUACAUUUAACCUCCACCCAAAGCCCCCCACAUUGUCAUUAUGGUCCUCCGCUGUUCAUGGCUGGGUCCGGGGUCCUCUUCCCCCCCCAUGGUCAUUUCAGACCCCCACCUGCCACUCAUGGGUGGGGUAUUGGGAGAGACUGUAGGUCCUCCCCUGCCUAUUGUCACUAGGGCCCCAACCUGUCGCUGGGGGCGCCAAUGGUUCCUCCCCCCCCCAUUGUCACUUGGGGACCCCAUUUGCCGCUAAAUGGUCAGGUAUGUGAGGCAAUACGUUUUCCCACCCCUAUUGUAACCUAAGACAGUAGGUUCUCCCCCUCCCUAUUUUCACUAAAGCCCACACACCUGUCGCUCCUGGAUGGGUUUUGGGGGGUUAUUAGUGCUCUCACCCCUAUCUUGUAACUUAGGGCCCUCACUUGCCGUUCAUGAUUGUGGGGCAUUGUGUUUUCCCACCCUUAUUGUAACUUAGGGCCCGCACCCGCCGCUCAUGUGUGGGGGCUGGGGGUAGGUCCUUCUAAUGGAUCACUUGGCACCGCGACUGAGUACCUCCACCAAAGGACCACUUCCUAGCUGGACCAGGGGACAAACCGCAGCACUUCUUGCUCUCAGUUGCCGUAGCUUGACUGGGGCCCUGGAACCGCCACCUCCCUCCUGGAGCCGAAGGGGAGAUUAGCUCUGACACCUCCAAGCAUUGGACGACACUCAGUCCUGAGAACUCUGGAACCGAAUGGGGAAUUGGCUCUAGUCCUUACAAGGACUUUACCCAUUGAACCUCCUGUAAGCUGGAACAGCAGACACAGGAGCAUACUUCUUUCACUACAAUAACUGGACCAUAGGCGUGCGCACGGGGUGUGCCGGGUGUGCCUGGGCACACCCUAAUCCCCGUGCGCACCCCUAUGGUUUGAGUCCUGCAGGAACAGCGUUCCUGCACUUUUUUUGAGCAGGAACGCUGUUCCUGCAGGCACUCAGUGUCCCCCCGGUCUCACCUCUUGCCCCUGUCAUGGGAGGGCAAGAGGUGAUGAUUCCCCCCCACCCUGCAGGUCAGCGCGCGGCGAGGGAGCUCUCUGCUCUCUGCUUCCUCUCGCCGCGCGCUGAUGCCGGGAGCCGGAAUAUGACGUCAUAUUCCGGCUCCCAGCUCCAGCAGACAGCCCGCGCGGCGAGAGGGAGCAGAGAGCAGAGAGCAGAGAGCUCCCUCGCCGCGCGCUGACCUGCAGAGAGGCGCCCGCCCCCACUGGACCCCAGGGACAAGUCCACCAGCACUCCAGGUAGGAGGCUGGGUGGACAUUUAAAAAAAAAUUUAAAAUAUAAUAAUUUGUGUGUGUGUGUGUGUGAGUAUGUGUCAGUGUGUGUCUGUGAGUGUGUGUCAGUGUGUGUGUGUGUCUGUGAGUGUGUCAGUGUGUGUCUGUAAGUGUGUGAGUAUGUGUCUGUGAGUGUGUCAGUGAGUGUGUGUGUGAGUGUGUGUGUGUGUCAGUGUGUGUCUGUGAGUGUGUGAGUAUGUGUCUGUGAGUGUGUGUGUCAGUGAGUGUGUGAGUAUGUGUCAGUGAGUGUGUGUGUGUGUGUGUGUCUGUGAGUGUGUGAGUAUGUGUGUGUUUCUGUGAGUGUGAGUGUGUGUGUCUGUGAAUAUAUAUAUACACACACGCGCGCGCGCGGCGUGUGUUUGUGCUUUAGGGUGCACACCCUAAUGCAAUAGGCUGCGCACGCCUAUGAACUGGACGACACCGUUUUGGAGUGUAAACAGGAAUCUCAGUUUAAUGGGACACACUGGACUUUUAUACAAUUUUCCCAACAAGGUUGACACCCAGGUGGGCCCUGUGGGGCACAGGACACCAAACAUGCAAGCCAAUAAAAACAGUGUAACAACGAAUGACACUCCCACAUACAUUACACAAUCCCUCCCCUCUGCCUGUGAUACAAUUAAGGUAGAUAAUACAAUAACCUAAUUAUCCACAGGCAGAAAAACACACAUUUUAUAAAGUCCCAUAAGUACCCCAAAACAUAACCUAUCCCCAUGAAAGCCCUGAUCUGGGUGAACAACAUAUCCAAAAAUCACCCAGAUCAGAGAAGGGGUUCAGUAAAUUCCUGUCUCUUUUGACUUAAAGUCUCUUUUGACUGACCGCAUGCAUGGUUUCAUGCCCACAACAGUUCCAGAGAAUUAGGCUGUGAGGCCGGUCUAUUUAAAAUAGUCAAAGCACCGUUCGAAUUACCGAACGGAAUGGUGAAUGCACAUGGUCAAUGUUAAAGUGCCGUUCGAAUUGUCAAACACUUCAACUCCCGUCGAAGUGCCAGAGAAGGUAACUUUUAAGCGGUGCGGCAAGUAGUCCCCUCCAAGAACUCGUGGCAAACUCACUUGAAAAGGGUAUUUGUCACAGUCCUGUUUAGUUGAAUACUGGCACUGGUAGGAGUUUGGGGGGACACAUUAUGUCCUCCUGUUAAUUAUUUGAAUACGUGCCCCUAUAGGUACCCUUUUGUUUUUGUACAACAUUGAACAGCCACAGGGUGAAUUUAGAAUAGAUCCCUGUCGCUUCUAUUUUUUACAUAUUACGAGGAGGAGCUGUGAGCCUGUAGUAAACUGAAGGAACAAACACAUUUGGUCUUUGUUCGUGUGAAAUUUCUAUUCAUUAAUUUGUUUUUCUGACGAAUUAAUGAAUAGCCGAAAUUCCUGCCUGAAAUUCGGACAAUAGCAAAUGCCCAAGUGUUUAACUGGGCAUGCGUGGGAAUUUCAUAGCACUAUCAAGUGUGGGCAGGUGAUGUAAAAAAAGUAAACUGGGGGACCUAGGGGCAUUUGAGGGUAGCUAGGGGUACAAUUAGAUGUAGUGGAGUCAGGAGUGGGGGUUAAAAAAACCACAACAAAAAAAACAGAUGCGGCCAUGACAGUGCCACUUUAACAUUAUGAAGGAAUGUUAUGCAUGAAAAUUAGUAGGUUUUUGUCUGUUCUUCCCUAGGAGAAGCACUUCAUAGACAGCUUGAAGAAGGAGGAGCUCUCUGGUUUCCUGAUCUUACUCUUCCAGAUGCCACCUGGAUUCUUCCAGUUUCCUUGGGGCUUGUUAAUUUGUUGAAUUUGGAGGUGAGACAAUACAGUAACAGGAGUCUAUUAUAAUAUACAUGAUAUUUUUGCAAUAAUAGUGCCAUCAUUUAUUGAAAUUCAGGUAUCACUCUGAACACUGUAAUAACUUUGCCUAAUUAGAGAUUAUCUCCAUACUCCAUACAUCUAAAUUGACUUUUAGUACAUAAACUUAAAGGGAUUCAUUAGUGCCAGGAAAAAAGCUGUUUUCCUGGCACUGUAGAAUCCUGGAGUGCCCCCCAUCCGAUGUCGCUGAAGGGGUUAAAACCCCUUCAGACACUUACCUGAAUCCAGCGCUGAUGUCCCUCGGCGCUGGGUCAGACUCCACCCACGCUCCUCCCCACCAAUGCCAGCCAGCGGGGGAGACCUAAUGUGCAUGCACGGCAAUGGCAGUGCUCUCAUUAAGAUUUCCCCAUAGGAAAGCAUUAUUAAAUGCUUUCCUAUGGGGAUUCCGGCGACACUGGAGGUCCUCAUACAGGGCGUGAGGACGCCCAGCGUCGUUUAUACUACCAAAAGUCGUCUAAGAACCCAGAAGUUCCUCUAGUGGUUGUCUGGUAAACAGCCACUAGAGGAGGACUCAACCCUGCAAGGUAAUUAUUGCAGUUUAUAAAAACUGCAAUAAUUACACUUGGAGGGUUAAGUGUGAUGAGAGUUGGCACCCCAACCACUUCAAUGGGCUGAAGUGAUCUGGGUGCCUACAGUGUCCCUUUAAGGUUGUUUGGAAUUCCAAGUGAAUUUAAGGUCAAGUUCAAAAUAGCUGGACUGGACCACACAUUAAUGCAGCUAUAAGACUGCUUUCACACAUCUAGUGAAGAAUUUUCAUUUCAAAUCUUUGAUUAGUGCAGAUAUUUCUCAUCUGGGAGAGUGGCAAUCAUGGCAGAUUGCUGCUCACAACUGUGAUAACAAAACUGGAAAUUUGGACUAUGCAUAAAUUUAUGAUUGCUAUUAUUUUAUUGAGCAGUUUCACCCAUUCUAUGUGAUAAGUGAAAAUGCAGCUGGGGUUCUAAACAAUAUAUCCCAUAAACUUCUGGACAGAAAUGUAUGGAAACGGACAGGCAUAGGCAACAUUCGGCACUCCAGAUGUUUUGGAUUACACCUCCCAUGAUGCUUUGCCAGCAUUAUGGGGGAUCUAGUCCACAACAUCUGGGGUGCCAAAGGUUGUCUACCCCUGGAAUAGGAUCAUCAUCAUACCCCCCCAGUCCAUAAUAAGAGGCAACUGAUCGGUGAACUGUUUGUUCUGUCCAUUAAGGACUUAGAUUUCUUUGUGCAAGUGCACCAGCUUUAGGAACUGUGGAGGUAGUUAUUUUGUCUUUAAUAGAUUAAAUAAAAAAAAUUGUGGAAUUCUUUUUUUUUGUGUAUUUUCUAAACACAUCUAUAUAUUGUAAUUCUAGCCUUAACUUUAUUAACUGGUUCAGAACUAGAGCUUGAAGGAAUUGUUAGAUCCUAUUACAAAAACAUUAAAUAAAACUGUAAAACCGGUAUUGUGAAAUUUGGUUAUAUAUUUUAUUUUUUUAUUUAUUUUUUUCUUGUUUAUCCCUACAGAUUUUUGCUCUACGAAAAAUCAACCUGUCUAAGUUCCAGAAAAUAUUGACCAAUUUUAUUCGCAUGAUAUGCAUUUUAAUGGUCCCAGUUGCUGCCAGUGUUCCUUCUGUAAGUUACUGGAAAUUUAGUGUAUACCCCAUAUCAUAUCAGAGCCAAUACCAAUUAUUGGUCACCUUUUUUGUGGGCCAAUUUUUUUUUUAUUUUUUUUGUUUGUAUAAUUAUUACUAUAUUUAAUAAAUUGAAACAUAUUUAUUUUAUUCCCCCCUCUCUGCCUUUUACCAGUGGCCAGAGAGGAGGACACUACACUCCCUGGUGGUCUAGUGGCUUUGUGCAGCUGGCAUAGCAUCUGAGACCCAGCCCAUGCUAUCUUAUGUUUCCGGCAGCACCUCUCCAGACAGUUGUCGUGUUAACCCAUGCUUUGAAGGUCGGCGCUCGCGAGAGUUGAAGAAAUAAACAGCUGUAAACAAAAGAUAGUGUGUGCUGGGUCACAGGUGCCCCCUCUUCAAUGUGAGUGUCACAAGGGAGGUACAACCCCCACACCUACCCCCAGCAUAAUUUUUUGGCUCAACCGAUAAUCGGUUCAUCUCUAGUUUUUACGCAGGGCACAUGUGCAUAUGUUCAAACCGUGCAAUAGUGAGUGACCGCUAAUACUUUCCACUUCUGACAUGACAUUGGUGUAGUUGUUGUUGUUUAAAGCUAUGGGCUGGAGGCAUCAGUACUCUUUAUUUUAAGGUAUUGUUGCCAACUGUAGUUACAAAAGUCCUGUGGCUGUGUACCUCCACAACAUAUAUAACAUGGCAUACACUACCUUGGUGUAACUUUAUUGGAAACCUUAAUUUAGGCUUUUCAUGCACAGUCUCAUUAAUAACUACAAUUGUGGCACUCAGUACAGACUGAAAGCAUAGGAAUAUGUUGUUAUAGUUUCACUAGCACUACUGCACAAUACACAAUGGCCAGAAUAGCAUUGAUGAAGUCUAUGCAGGAUGGAGCACAGGCCUCUAGUGAUCCUCUCCCUUGUAAGCAUUACAAGCCAUGUAAUAGGGAGAGAGCUACUUGGGUAGAUGUAGAUAAGUCUGAGGAGAGGGCAACAGGAAAGACUGUUAAUAGAGAAUGUGGUUGAGGGGAUGGUCAUAUUUCUGUUUGAGAUGUUUAUUGGACAUCUUACAAAUGUGAGGCAGUAGGGAAAUAAAGAUGGUACUAGAAGUCAGUGUAAGAUGGAACUAAAAAUCUGUAUGUAACUGGUGCCAAAUUAAGAUGAAAACCACAUGAAUGUAAUCAGCUUGACACAGAAGACUAACUAGUAAUCUAUAAAUGUAAUCUGUGUAUGCUGAGUGUUUAAAUACAAGGUUGCAAAUGCUUUGCUUUGGAUAUGUAUAUGUAUAUGUAUAUGUAUAUGUGUGUGUGUGUUUUGUUUAUGGGAGCAGCAAUCAGUGCAUUGCUUUAUAAGGAUUAUACAUUGUUGAUUAUUGGUAAUGGUGUUCAUAAAUAUUUGCUUUUAUUAUUUUAAAUAAUUCCUGUCGUCUUUUUCUUUUUCAGUCCAUGGCACUGUACUGGUUCUCCUCUAGUUGCGUAGGCUUGACACACAAUCUUCUACUCCGAUCCCCAACUCUCCGGCGGAUUUUCAAAAUUCCAAAAUUGAAGUCCGAUUCUGACACUCCCUACAAGGACAUACUGUCUGCAUUUGUUAGCAAAUACCUUCAAAAGAAAUGAUAUAUUUUAGCAUUAAUACAUUAAAAAAAAGGUUAAAUGCCUCUUUAUUUCUAUUGAGUUCUGUCUUGCUUGCUGUUCUAG